CUUUUCCACAGUAACCCUGUGUCACCAUGGUGUCCCCUCCCUGCGGCCUGCUAACCCGCCAAAAGGAGCCGGUGCCACUGAAGAGCAUCUCGGUGACCUUGUCCAUUCGAGAGUUUGUGGCUGGUGUAUCUGCUACCUUGAACUAUGAGAAUGAGGGGAAAGAUCCGUUGGAGGCCUUCUUUGUUUUCCCCAUGGACGAAGACUCAGCUGUCCACAGCUUCGAGGCCGUGGUGGAUGGGAAGAAAAUUGUGGCAGAAUUGCAGGAGAAGUCCGAGGCCCGCACCAAUUACGAGAAUGCCAUCAGCCAGGGCCACCAAGCCUUCUUGUUGGAGGAGGACGAUCAGGCUGGCGACAUCUUCUCUUGUAACGUGGGGAACCUGCCCCCCGGGUCGAAGGCGGCACUCACCCUGAAGUACGUGCAGGAGCUGCCUCUGGAGGCCGACGGGGCCCUGCGCUAUGUGCUCCCCGCUAUCCUGAACCCUCGCUACCAACUCUCCAGAGGGUCUGAGGGCAGUGGCCUUCAAAUGAAGAAUCCUGCAGUCCCUUCGAAGGACGUGCCUUACACACUCAGCCUGGCUGCCACCGUCAGCUCCCAGCAUGCCAUCAAGAGUGUCCAGUGCAGCUCCCCCGUGAAUCCUAUUGAGUACCUUGACGAUAAGACUUCUGCUCAGAUCUCCUUGGCUGACGGACACAAAUUUGAUCGAGAUGUGGAGCUCCUGGUUUACUACAGUGAGGUGCAUACCCCCAGCGUGGCUGUGGAGAUGGGGGUGCCCGCAGCAAAGCCCGAUUCUUUGAUGGGAGAUCCAUCUGCGAUGGUGAGUUUCUACCCGAAUAUCCCAGAGGCUCAGUCAUCAACUGCAUGUGGAGAAUUCGUCUUCCUCAUGGACCGCUCGGGAAGUAUGCAUUGUCCCAUGAAUAAUCAGAAUCCAUCUCAGCUGCGCAUACAGGCAGCCAAGGAAACACUGAUUUGGCUGCUGAAGAGUUUGCCUGUAGGCUGUUAUUUCAACAUCUUUGGAUUUGGAUCGUCCUUUGAGUCCUUCUUUCCGGAGAGCGUGAAGUACACUCAGGAUACCAUGGAGCAGGCCCUGAAGAGAGUUAAGAGUAUGGACGCUGACCUCGGGGGCACAGAAAUCUUGGAACCACUCAAGGCCAUUUACAGUAGAACUUCCAUCUCAGGCCACCCUCUCCAGCUUUUUGUCUUCACAGAUGGAGAAGUGACCGACACAUUCAGUGUCAUUAGAGAAGUGAAAAGCAAUGGGCAUAGGCACAGGUAUGCAGACAAUGUGUGUGUUUCUGGGUGACUGACCACAUGUAAUCUAGGGCCUUGUGGUUCCAGUGCUGACAAGUAAGGAUGGACAGGAAUACUGUGGGGUUAUUUCGGCUU